GUUUCAGGAAGUGUGGCUUAGCAAUUGUGAAGUACUGUAAUGCUUAACUGGCAAAUGGGUUUUGACAAAUGGUUGACGUUCCACGUACACUCAUCAGCGUUUGUUUCGUGAAAGUCGGUAGGUGGCAGUAAAGACAAGCGGAGGCAGUCAGACUACGUUUAUUCUUCGAGGCAAAAGCCACGACUGCGAUCGUUUGCGUCGUUGUCUAUCCAGUAAACAUGGACGAGGAGGCGUCUUACCAGGAGGUGAAAGAGUGGCUCAGCACAGGAAUCGACCGGAUAGCGAAAGCGACCUCGCGGACCGUCGCGAACAAACUAGCUCAGCUGAAAAACAAAGAGCUUCCCCUGUCCCGUGCAAAACGUGCGGAAGAGGACAGUCAAGCUUUGGAAACUGCGCGUGAUUUUAACAGCUGCGUGUCCGUCUUAGUAGAAGAGGCGGUGAUGGCGGCCUCGGAGAUCCUCAACUCUGAAUUUGAAGACUUGGUAAAGAAACAGUAUGCGGAUUUCCGUUCUGAAAUCUGUGAAUACGAAAAAGAGAUUGAAAGCUUGAAGCAGCAACUGGAAAUCCCCCAGGGUGACAAGUGUUCUAAAGACAAGACUUCUGCACGACCCCUUGUGUGCAACAGCGAUCCCCAGUUAAAGGAGAGAGAAAUCGGGGAUCCUGAAACUCAUCCCAUGGAGUGCACGCCGGGACCCCAAAGUGGGAACUUCACGCAAGAGACGCAGCAAAACGACUUUAAUACUGAUUGCAUUGAAAUUGAUCCCUCUCCUGUCAACGAAGAUGCCCCUUGUUCGUCUCACAAUCAUGAAAGGACUGAACUGAGCUCAAGGAGUGGAGAACAAGGACCACCCGAAGCUUAUUUCCAAGCUGCAGAAGGCAUGGCUUACUUUGGCCUGCGGCUCCUGGAGGUGGGCAGUGUUGCCGCGUGGGGCACCACAGAGAGCAUUUGGGAGAAAACUGAAGGAGGAUUCACUGAGAAGAUAUCUGAUUGUGUUACACAGAAUGAUACUGCAGAGGUUUUGUGUGACGAUGAGGAGCAGGCAUCCAUUUGAACAAAGGAGAAGAUGAUCAGUUGUUAAUGAGGGGGCUCUGAGCUGGAGCUCCCUUUACCUGGCGGGCCAGAGAGUUCCAUUAUGGAGUGUGCUGCUGAAGAUACAUCUACUGAAAGUAAGCCUUAAGGAAGCACAUGUGAGGUUUCCUUGAGCUCAGGCCAGCAGAAUUAUGGGUAUUGUGGUGAAAUUGCAAGGGGGUUGACAUGCCACACCUGCAUAUGGGCAACCAAAAACCUCUGGUAAAUUACAUCAAGGAAUACAGAGAGGAAAAUAAUGCCAAUGUAGUGAAUGCAAACAGGUCUUCAAAGAAAGGCACAGGCUUAAACAACACAAGAGGACCCAUUAAGAAGAAAAGCCACACCAGUGCCCCGAAUGCAACAAGAGUUUUGACCGUAAAUGUCACUGGAAGAACAUUGUACCAGUGUAAUAAACAUGGCAUAAAUUUCCACUGGGGUAAAAGCCUAAAACGUCACCAGAUAUGUCACAUGCAUUAAUAAACAGGCCAGCGUAAAGAAUGUGUCAAAGCUUUGCUCAAAAGUCGAAAACUAAAAAUCAACCUGAGGGGAAAAUCAUUCCUCAAGUGUGCUGAACAUAAAAUGACACCAAGGUGAUAAAGAAAAGUGUAAAAACCAGCAAAGAGUCCACACAGUAGGAAAAACUCUACCAGUGUAACAAAUCUGAGAAGCACUUCAGCCGUAAACGAAAACCUUGAAGGCUGCUAUGUAAGUCGCAGAGUAACAAAUAUGGCGGCCCUUUCACUGAGAGUUUACACCAGAGGCUUGAGUCGGGGGAACAGCCAACCAAGUGUAACAUGGUGACUUCUAAGAACCUUAAACGCCAUGUGAGAAUUCAUGCAGGACAAAAGCCAUACCAAUGUAUGGAAAACAGAAAGAUCAUCUGUGAGAAGGUGAGGUUUACAAAGUAAUGUGUAGUACUAGGGUGUUGUACCGUGUUAGCCAUUAUGAAUGUAGUGAGACGUCAAGCAACA